UCGGCUGCUUCGGCUCCUGUCGGCCAGUGCGGGGCUUGGCGGCCGGAGGAUUUUUAAUUCUUUAUUUUUUAAUUUUUUUUCCCCUUCUUCUUUUUUCUUUUUUCUUUUUCUUCUUCUUCUUCUUCUUCUUCCCCUUACGAAGUUUCCUCUCCUGGAGAACCGCCCGCCUGGCUUCCCCGCAGCCGACCGCCAGGAUUGAUUGAUCGGUAUUGGGGGGGGAGGGGGGACCCCCACCCCCAUAUUCUACGCUCUUGGGGUGUCGUGUCCCCUACACACCCGGGCUUCUUUCCCCCCAUCCCCCCGAGCCCUUCCCCACCACGCGCGGACAAAGGCGAAGCGGCCGGGGCCGGCAGCAGAGGAGAAAGGCACCCGGGCUGGGUUGGGGGUUUCCUCCAUGGCGCAGGCGGCUCCGCUCAACCUGCUGGAGCCCGGCGGCUUCCCCAUCCAGGUGGAGCACGAUCGGAAGCGGAGGCAGUUCACCGUCCGCUUGAACGGUUGCCAUGAUAAAGCUGUCCUGUUGUAUGAAUAUGUAGGGAAGAGGGUGGUGGAUCUUCAACACACGGAAGUCCCAGAUACCUACAGGGGCAGAGGAAUCGCAAAACAUCUGGCCAAGGCCGCCUUGGACUUUGUGGUGGAAGAAGAUUUGAAAGCCCACCUCACGUGUUGGUAUAUCCAAAAAUAUGUCAAGGAGAACCCACUGCCGCAAUACGUGGAACGUUUGCAGUCUUAACACCGUACCUUGCUUGAAGAU